ACUUUAUUGUAAAGCCGCCACGGCCCGGGUAUGCACAGUGGUGCGUUGGAAGAAUAGGUAUUUAUUUUAUAUAUAUUAUACAGUUCGUACUAAAAUUCGUUUAUUAUCCCGGGCGUUAACAUAGACGGUAUGAGAAUAUGAAAAAAUAGGAAACAUAGAUUAAAUAUAAUAGUUAGGUAGAUGAACGAGAGUUGGUGAACUUAACUUUAUUUUUCUUAAAGAGUGACUGAAGUUGACCGUGAAAAAAAAAGUUGACGAAAAACUUAAGGACUCGCCCUUAACAACCUGUUGAGCCAUUUUCUACUCUUUCUUAUUCCAAACUAUCGGUAGGUCUUUCUUUUUAAUAUGAUAAUUAAGUUUUUUCAGCAGAAAGGAAUUGUUUUACUUUUUUUGUUACUAAGCUAUUUCUUCAAGAAAUAUUCGUUUGUGUAAAUAUGUGUAGAAUGACUAUCUAUCUAUCUAUAUAUUUAAAUUAAUAUUACAAGGGGGGCCCAUUUUUUUCUUUUCUUUACAGAAAAAACAUGCUUAAACCGGCGGCUUUCGUUGUCUGUAUUUUCGCUCUGGUCGAUAUCUCUAUAGAGCAAGGCAGAGGACCUUGUGAAACUUUUCGUUGUUUGAACGGCGGAUGGUGUGUUCUAGAUUCAACUAGAACCAGAGCGUCUUGUAGAUGCGCUCCUGGGUUUAGUGGAUCUACUUGUCAAAAUGGGAGAGAACCUGUGAAUCCGUGCGAUCCGAACCCAUGCCAACACUCAGGGUGGUGUAGAAGGGAACUAGGUUCGGAGACAUCAUACAGAUGUGUCUGUAACAAUGGUUGGAUGGGUUCACUAUGUGAAGCUCGUCGAACAAGCACUGAUCCUUGUCGCAAUAAUCCUUGCGGAAAUAGAGGUAGCUGCAUCUAUCAAGGCGAAUCUUACAGAUGUAAAUGUUCCAAUAUUAAUUAUUGGGGAGUUCAUUGUGAAAGAGAUGGAAAUCCUUGCCGUGGAAACAAUUGUAAUAACAGAGGGUUCUGUAAGACUGAAACUGGAACUUGCCAGUGCUCAACUGGAUGGGAAGGAACAAGAUGUGAAACCAGGAGCCAAGGUUUUAGAUUAUGUGAGAAUGUGAACUGUAAUGGCCGAGGUACAUGCGAUUCUUUAACCGGAAAUUGCAUUUGUAACAAACUGUACUGGAGUGGAAAUAGAUGCCAAAAUUGGGUUCUUCCCUUCCGUUGUAAUGGAAACAGUGAUUGCAAUAAUGGACGAUGCCACGAAGGCUAUUGUAUUUGUAAUACUGGAUACGGUGGAUUUAGGUGUAACGAACCUUACCAAAUUAGGUGUCAAACUAGAGCUGACUGUAGUAAUCGUGGCGAAUGCUCGAAGGGAACUUGCUGGUGUAACCCACCAUACGAUGGAUUCGACUGUAGCCAAACUGUAAGCAACGUUUGCAGAAGUAGACAAGACUGUAAUAACAGAGGAAAUUGUAAUAGUGGAAGAUGCGAUUGCACAGUUCCAGGAUGGGGUGGACUUACGUGUAAUAGAGGAAUUUAUUGUACACUUAAUGGAGAUUGUCGUAAUGGUGGUACAUGCGGUAACGGUUUUUGCGAAUGUCGAAGUGGCUUUACAGGCAACAACUGUCAAACUGAAACAUUCACUUGCAGGAAUACUGCAGACUGCAGUAAUAGAGGAACAUGUAUAUCUGGAAAUUGCGUUUGUACAUCUGGAUUCAGUGGAAAUCGAUGCCAAAAUUUUGCUUGCAGAGAUUCAAUUGAUUGUAGCAGACAUGGAACUUGCAGAAAUAACGUGUGUGUUUGCGAUAGUACAUGGAGCGGAAUUAACUGCGAUACUCAGCGUUUCUGCCAAAGUAGAAGCGAUUGUAGUAAUAGAGGAACUUGCCGAAAUUCCAUAUGCGAAUGUGACAGUGGAUUUACAGGAAACUUUUGCGAAAGAACAACUGGAGUUAGAAUCUGUGAAACAAGAAGUGAUUGUAAUAAUAGAGGAAACUGUGUCAAUACUCAACAAGGAAGUGAAUGCCAAUGUGAUAGAGGAUAUCAGGGAAUCAGAUGCGAAUCUAAUAGAUAUUGUUUCAACGAAGCUGACGACUGCAACGGGCGUGGUACUUGCAGAACCGAUGGUAGUUGCAGCUGUAAUACUGGUUGGUCGGGCAACGUAUGCGAAACCCGAGUACAAGAAUUCUGCAGAAGAAAUGAAGAUUGUAACAACAAUGGAAAUUGCGUUAAUGGAGUAAGAUGCGAUUGUUUCAGCGGAUACUCUGGAGAUAAAUGUCAAGUUGCCGACCCAGAUUGUACAUCAAAUACAGACUGUCAAAACGGAGGUUUAUGCUUGGAUAACAAAUGUCAAUGUACAUCUGACUUUACUGGAAAGAAUUGCGAGAUAUCAAAGAAAGCAAGACCUGCCUGGUGCGAGACGAUCCCGGCUAAGGAUGAUAUAUAUUACCCCUCCAUUUGUACCUAUUAUAUCGCGGAUUGUAAAGCUACAGAUCCUAAUCUGUAUUUAAAGAUGCAACAAAACUGUUGGAAGAGUUGCUGUGUAAACUAA